AAUUCAUAUUUAUUGUUACUUUCCCUUAGGAUGACUCUGAGCUUCUAUCUUCUGCUCUACCACUGUUUGAUUUCUGUGAUGAUACCAGCCGUACUUGUACUGGCAACAUAUCAGGUCGACAAGCUCAGAAAGUCAAAUGAAAGCACACAAGUCAAAUCUACACAGGAACACUUAGAGGAAGCUUUUGAAGAGCAGGGCUACUACUUGCAACGCCUGUUUCUUCAGUAUGGGGACAAUGGGACUUUGACCUAUGAGGGUCUGCAGGAGUUGCUUGGCAGUUUAGGUCUUGGGGAGGUCAGUGUCCUGGAGAUCCGACAUGGUGGAGUGAAGCAUUCUUCUCAACCCCAAUCCCAUUCCCACUUACAUGACGACGAUCACCAUUAUCAAAGGACCACAAACUCACCUCCACUCAAAGAAAAUCCUCACAUUAAGUCAGUGCUCAGUGGAUCUCCUGCAGAAUGGGGUCAGUCAGAUUAUUUUCCACACCCUGGUCUAAGACACAAACUGGAAGAAAGUGUGUCAACGCUGUCAGACCAUCCGACGGAGAAACACCUUCAUGGAAAUUGUCUAAAUGUUACCCAGCUCCUGUGGAACUUCGGGUUGGGUCAAGCGUCCCAUAUCACUCCUGCCCAUUUCACCUUCUUGUGUCCUGCCCUCCUGUACCAGAUUGACAGCGGAGUGUGUCUGCAGCACACAGAGGAGCAGUCCCAGGGAAGCAAAACCAGCGAGGGUUUCUUGAGAGCACUAGGAUGGGCCUCCUUGGCACUCUUUGUUAUCAGUUUGCCUUCCCUGGUUGCUCUGGGACUGGCACCCCUGCUUCAACCUUCCGUCCUUCAAAUAUUCCUCUGCCCGAUGGCUGGCAUGGCAGUGGGCACGUUAUGCGGAGAUGCCCUCCUGCACCUCCUGCCCCAUGCAAUCUUCAGUCAGCACACUGAACAUCAGGAUGCUGUUUUCAAGGGUCUGAGCGUGUUGGGAGGACUUUACUUUCUGUUUGUCUUUGAAAGCCUUCUGGGACUUAAACAGCAUUUCAAGAAUUUAAAGAAAAGGAAACAUGAUGCUGAGUCUGGAAGGGUGCUGGAUGCACUGCAAGGUACCUCAUCAGCCAAUCAGAAUGAGAGUUCAGGGCAUGGCCAUUCUCAUGUGCAGACUGGAUCAGGGAAGAAGAGCAUCAGAAGCAUGGCAUGGAUGGUGGUCAUGGGAGAUGGGAUACAUAACCUUACAGAUGGACUAGCCAUUGGUGUUGCAUUUUCUCAGAGUCUGACAGGAGGACUCAGCACUACAAUCGCUGUGUUCUGCCAUGAGCUUCCUCAUGAGCUAGGUGAUUUGGCGGUGUUGUUGGCUGCAGGCUGGCCUGUACGCAGACUGGCUGUGUUUAGCGUAAUCUCUGCUCUGCUGGGUUUUGUUGGUGUUUUCACAGGAACUGCACUGGGAAACCAGUGGGCGACACACUCACCUUGGAUUCUCACCAUCACCACUGGAGUCUUCCUUUAUGUUGCUCUUGCUGACAUGAUGCCUGAAAUGCUCCAUGGAGAUGCUGGAUCUCUGAGCCCUUUGAAGCGCUUCCUCCUGCAGAGUCUGGGGCUGCUUGUAGGGGGCGCCAUCAUGCUUUGCAUCGCCCUUUUUGAGGACCAUAUUGCUUUUAGCCUGGGAGAAGUCUAAGGAUAUGAAUACUUUCUAAAUGAAAUCCUCAGGAUGUCACUACAGAAUUUCCAUCCAGGCAGUGGUAUUAUGUAUUUACCUCAUCCCAAAAUUAACUACUGUGUCGCUAAUGUGUGGAUAUUCUGAAGAAAGUGCACUGGAUGGAUUGCUAUGAAGAUAUAGUGGGAGGAACUCGUAUAUAUGCAUCCUUGGGCAACUUCUUUUCAACCUAAGCUGAAUUUUAUUUAAGAAAAUCUUCUAACUGAAUGAUGACAUCUACAGAAAAUUCUAGGGCUUAUCUAUAAGAAUGGUCUGAUGAGAGUUUUUCAGGCCUGAAUGAAUUCAAUGCUGUGUCGUCAGGACUUUUUUCAUUUAUCAUAUAAA